AAAGCAAUCAUUCAAGAUUAGUCUCAAUUUAGUCAACGACGACAACGACGACACGGUUGGAAACAUGAAUCUUCAAUAUCAUUUUCUAGUUAUUAUUGCUAUUCUCAGUCAUUUUUGUUGUGAAAGUAUAAUUUUCGGAUCAAAUUUGGAUGGACUUUACACUAUUUCAGAUAUAUUUAAAAGCCAAAAAAUGCCCGAAAGUAAUGUUGAAACUGUCGAAUCUGAUGUUAACAACCAACAAUUAUCUGAACAGCCAAAAUCAAUUGGAGCAACUGCAGAAAGAAACCAAGAAGAUUAUGCUAAUAGACAGACAAACUUGUCUGGAACUGGUCCCAUUAACAGACAUGUAUCAUUUGUCCUUGGUUUAGUUCCAACACUGGACAAUUUUCAGGACGAUCAAGUUAUAGAUUUUCAACUCGGGGUUAUUGAGCUUAUGAAAAAAAUCAAGAAUUCUCCAACAGCUUCAGAAGAACCAAAGGCGAAAAUAGGAAUACGAUAAUAGUGAAGAAAUCUUUUUAUUCAUGUAUUUGUUAAUUGAUCGUGAAAUAAUUUAGUAUUUGAAUGCAAAAGAUUCAUUGGUCAUUCGUAUUUUCGUUGGAACUUAGAAUGCUUCGUUAUUUUUCAUUUUUUUUUUUUGUUUGUGAAGUAUUAUUUGUAAAUUUAUCAAAUAAAUAUUUUGGGGUUCAAAUCUCCCAUUAAAUGA